AUGAAAUCAGAGUUAUUUAAACUUGUAUUUAAUAAUAUUAUUAUUAGAUCAAAUAUAUUCAAUCAGUUACAAAAUGAAGCAUAUGGCCCUGGAUAUGAAAGAUACAAAUGGAUACAAUUAGUUAAUUUACCGUUUCUAUUGAUACAAUAUGACUAUUUCGAUCUUUUUGUAAAGCAUUGGAUCACCGUUGGUUGCAGUAACUAUCACUACAAACAAAUGAAAUUGAAAGACAACAUGGGGAUAUUUAAAGUAGCUAUCAAAUUCAACCGAUUAAACUUUAUCAAGUGUUUCGUGGAACUCAAUCUAUUGGACCUUUCAAAGUAUUCAACAGAAGUAAUAGAAGCCGCAAGGAGAGAAAGAAAAAAAGAGAUUGCAGUAUUUCUAGUUUCGACAAGCAAAUCAGAUACUAUUUAUGAUUAUUCGCGAGAUCUGAUUGAUGCUUGUAGGUCAAACGAUAUUGAAACUGUCAAACUAUUAUCACCAAAGGUCAACAAAGAAUUCUAUGAAGCUAAUUCACCGUUGUUUGAAGCUGCCUUUAGCGACAAUUUGGAGAUUGUAGAUUGGUUAUUGAACAACAGAUUCGAUGAAGCCAACUUAAUCGGUAGAACUAGAUUGGUUGGCAUGGUUGUAAACCAAAAUCUAAUGCAUAUACCUGAUUGGCUGUUGUCUAAAGGCCAUAUUGAAGAUAUAGUCUAUCACAAUAGAAAUCUAUAUUUGCACUUCCAACCGGGAACAUUUCAAUGGUUGAAGACAACCAAACUAAAGAUAAACUUUUCAUCAGAAGAUAUUGAUAAUGGUGCAUGUAGUUUGUCACUCGAUGACCUAAAGUGGAUGUGUGAUCACUGUAAUGAACAGUUUAGUGGUAUGGCAAUGUAUAAUGCGAUCACAAACUCCAAUUUUGAGGUUGCGAAAUGGUUACAUGAAAAUCAUAAUGCAGUUGGUUCAGAGGAGGUAGAUUAUAUAACUGUAAAUGAUGAAAAGGAAACGCUAGAAAUGAUAAAAUGGUUUCAUGAAAAUAGAACAGAUACACUCGGUCUCCAUGUUAUGGAUAGGGCUGCUUCUUCGUCACUAGAUAUUGUCAAAUUCCUUCAUUUCAACAGAACUGAAGGAUGUACUGAUAAUGCAAUGCUUAACGCUCUAAAGGCAGGUCACAUAGAAAUAUUCGAAUUUCUCAAAGAGAAUAGAACAGAGGGUGUACCGAAUGAUCUCAUUGAACAACUUUGUGCUGAUGGUAAUUUGGCGAUGAUUCAAUAUCUUCAUAAAACUGGAAAACCAAAUGAAUAUCGUAAUUGGUCACAAGCAAUCGAUAAAGCUGCCGAAAAAUCACAUUUACAUUUGAUAAAGUGGAUUCAUCAGAAUACUGCUCAUCGUUGCUCAAAUGAAGCUUUUAAAUGGGCAUUGUUAAAUGGAGAUUUUGAAAUGGUUCAAUAUCUCAUCAAUAACAAACUUUGUUCAUAUGAUUUAGAGUCGAUGGUGAUUUCAAGGAUAGGUUCUAAAUAUGGCGACAUUCCAACAUUGGAUUGGUUAUUGAAACAAAACAUAUUUGAUCAUGCCAAACUUGUUGAAUGUGCAAAUCAAAAUUAUGUAGAUUUUAUAGGUGCAUUCUUCAAAGAUUAUCAUAUUGAUAUAAUAGAUUAUUUUAAUAUGGACAAAUUAUUAAAGAUCAACGAUUAA